UCUAGUGCUAGUGGUGUUAAUGUUAAAGAUGAAUGCUUGGAAGCUUUCCAAGAUCUCAAGCUAAAGAAAAAAUACAAAUACCUUCUGUAUAAGCUUGACGAUGAAAAUAAAUCGAUCAUUCUUGAAGAAGCUGCUGAAGAAAGUACCUAUGAUAAUUUCAUUACAGUUCUUACUUCGAAAGGACCCCGUUAUGCUGUUUAUGAUUUCGAUUACGAAAAGCCCGGUGAAGGUCAACGUAAUAAGAUUGCAUUUUACUCUUGGACACCCGAUGAUUCCAAAAUCAAGGAGAAAAUGCUUUACGCUUCAAGCAAAGAAGCCAUUCGCAGGAGACUUGUCGGAGUUGCCAUCGAAAUACAAGGCACUGAUUUAUCGGAAGUUUCUUUCGAGGCUGUCCUUGAAAAGGCCAGUCUAAAAUUAUAA